AUGGCUGUCCCUGGAAUCCUCAUGCGUCUUUCUGAGGGGCUUUCUUCUACCACACUUCCUCUUCCAGGUAUCGAGGCACUCUACACCCUUAGAGCAGACGAUAACGAAAAGCCUCGAAACAAUACAGUCUACUUCCUCAAUGACAUUUCGCCCCUUCUUUCUGCUAAAGACCAAUAUGACGACGAUUCAGCUACCAACAACGACGUGUCAUGGAUCAUAUGCUCUUUUAUCAACGGAAGAGACAUUUCUACCCCUAAGGAUGGAGCGCCGCAGACAAGCCCCCACAAACUGCCAACACCAGCUGCCCUAGAGUCUGUUUUAGUUGUUAAUGGGUCAACUCCACGACCAGACAAGGAAGCCGACUACCAUGCGUGGUACGACCAGGAACACGGGGCCAAAUUGACACAAGUCCCAGGCUGGACGGCAGCAAGGCGGUACGCGCACGUCAAGUCCUAUGGCGCAUCUGAGACAGCAAGUUUCUAUGGUUUGAACUUUUACGAGGAGGAAAACGGGCUGGGUGGACCAGAAUGGAAAGCGGGUGUGACGGACUGGACGUUGCGAAUCAGGAGUAAUGCAGCUAAGCCGAAUAUCCGGAGAGUGUGGAAGGUUAUGGCCACCCAAUGA